AUGAAUCCAACAGAACCAGUUGAAACGAAUACACAAAAUGCCACGUUGAUUGAACGUUUAAUUUUUACUAACGCUGACUUGGAAUCUCCAGUCGAUUUAAAUAUUAGCCUGAUGACAGUUAUCAAGUUGAAUCCCUUGCAAUGGGUUAACAUUGAUAUAACACCCAGGAAAAUGAAAAUUACUAAUACAGGUUACACAGUAAUUCUUAGUGCAACCUGGGUAACGGAUCGGCCGUAUCUUACCGAUGGACCGUUCACAGCAAAGUAUGUGCUUUCACAAAUUCAUUUUCAUUGGGGAGAGAACGAUAUGAAUGGUAGCGAACACACGGUCGAUGGUGCAAGUAUGCCAAUGGAAUGUCACGCAGUUCACUACAAGAGCAACUACGAAACAUUGGAAUUAGCUCUAAAACGGACUGAUGGAGUUGUUAUUGUAGUAUAUCUUUGUAAGAAUAAGCCAAAUGAAUUUAUACAUCAAAUUGUCAAGAACUUUCCUACUAUUCGAGCAGCGAAUUCCUCAGUUCGCUUAGUGCCUAUGAACCUAACAAAUAUUCUGAGACCGUUUACUGAAGAUUAUUUUUUGUAUCGGGGCUCUAUAGUAACAAGUACUAAUAUACACAAAAUUAUGUGGGUAAUUAGUAGGGAACCAGUAGGAGUAUCAAUUGAGCAAUCGAAGCAAACAAUGUAUAAUGUACAAUUGCUUGCUCAGGUUGCAGCAUUUCGCACAUUAAUGAAUGAAAGAGGCAUGCCCAUAUUAUCGAACGUGCGCAUCGUGCAAGAGGCAAAACAUAGCAGCAUCUUCCAUGUUUGUCCAUCGGGUUCGACAUACGCUUCCCUUUUACCGCUUCCGUGGCAUUCAUGGUCCAGCACCAAAGAUGGAAAUAGCCCCAAUACAGUUCACGCUUCUAUAGAAAAUACUUAA